UCAUCCCCGCGCGCGCUCGGGGUAAAUACCGUCGCGGCCAAUUCUUGUCUCGCAAACCCCUCCCUUACCAGCUCGAGCCCAGUCACAUUCCUUUCAUGUUCUAUACUGAGCAGCAACAAGCAAUUGCAACAAUGUGAAUUUCAACUUCGGAUAUUCGAACAUCUUUGAGGCAAAAAUUACAGAAGGAAGAUUGGGUUGGAACGAUCCGUUUAGAAUGUCAACGUAUGGAAUUGAGAGGGGUUGUUUUUAUUGCAGGUGAGAAUGGAAACAUAUGUCGCCUGUUGCUCCGCAGUUCCGUUACACGCGCAGCACACACACACCAUGAGUUCAACUGGUGGCAGGUCCUGUUAGACCUGAACAGACCGUGAGUGUGUUGGUGGAGGCUCAUCAGUCUCCAGUAUGGAGUGUUUGGUAUGAGCCGUGGCCGGUCUGUUGGUCCUUGGGCCGGUCCAGUGGUGUGGUGUCCCUGUCCCUUGGCGGGAUGCUGAGGGCUGGUGGUCCCCACCAGUAUGACUCCCCUGGACCUGUGGCUGUCCCGCUCCAUCCCCAUGUGCCUGCUCCUCCAGAGCCUGGUCCUCAUGGCCCUGUGCUUCCCCUCCGCCUCCAUGUGUCCCAAGGGCUGCGUCUGCCAGCGGGCCCGACCCGACCCGGGCCUCCACCUCGGCCCGGGGCCCCUGGGGCUCUUCCUUGGCCUCAAUGUCACCUGUACCGGGUCCCGGCUCAAAGAAAUCCCCCCGGACCUGCCUCCAGACACCGCCGUGCUCCGCCUCGACCACAACCAGAUCAUGGCCGUCCCCGACCAUGCCUUCCGGGGCCUAAGGCUGCUGCGGGAGCUCAACCUGUCCCACAAUGCUGUGGAGACGCUGGAGGAGGGUGCCUUCAGUGGCGUGGAGGCCACACUGCAGGUCCUCGACCUCUCACACAACCGCAUCACUAGUGUGCACAAGGAUGCGUUCGCCCGGCUCAAAGCGCGGGUCCUGGUGGACGACAACCCCUGGCACUGUGACUGCACCCUGCAGCAGGCACUGGGCGGCAUGGCCCACAACCACGAGGCGGCUGCACGCGUCCUCUGCCGGAGCUCCGAGCUCCAGGAGCAGGAGGGCCGCCAUUUCCUGGCGGUGGACACGGACCUGUGUAACCUGGCCAAGAGGACCACGGACUACGCAAUGCUGGUGACGAUGUUCGGCUGGUUCGCCAUGGUCAUCUCCUACGUGGUGUAUUACGUACGGCAAAACCAGGAGGAUGCCCGGCGACACUUGGAGUACCUUAAGUCGCUGCCCAGCAAGCCUGUGAAGCCCAACGAGGUGGAGGACAUCAGUACUGUGGUGUAACAGGACAUCAUCACUACUAGACACUAUAGGACAUCAGUACUCCAGUGUGACAUCCCUGUAGUGAGAACUGACAUCACUAUAGUGAGAACUGACUGUAUACAAUAUAAUUAGAUUGCCUAAUUAGUUCUAGAAUUAGAAUGACUAAUUGAUUCUAAUUCUAUGCAUGAACAGCAGAAGUUCAGAAAUAAACCCGGAGAUAUAGGACCCAUAUUUCAAGAUGGAUGUAACGUCUUCUGUUGUGAAAAUGUUUUUUUGAUGUACUCAAAAGAAAUCAUGAUAGAUUAAACCUGGAUCCUUGCGUUUGAAGCUUCACACCCAAUAUGUGUUAAUUACAAAGGUAAACACUGAGAAAGCCCAAUUUUUAAAGAAGAGAAAUGCUUAAAUGUUAGUGUUUGUCUGCAGAUGUCAAUCUAAAGUCAAGCAUUUUGGAAUGCACAGUGUACAUGUGCAUAGACAACAGCAGUUAGUUCAGAUCACAGUAACAGAAGGGUAAAGUCUAUAGGGGUACCACAGAUGGCUUCAUUGAGAUCUGUUCUGAGAUUGUUUUGAAAAUCUGAAUCUCAGGUUUAAAUUUUGAUAGGCUGAUAAGUAUUUUUUUAGAGCAAAAUCUAGAGAAAUGGUUUUUGGACAACAUUUUUGUAAGGUAAUAAUAACAAGCCUUUGAUCUAGAGAGUGUUCUGUGCUUGUGCAUCCAACUGCCUACUUUGUUUAAUUUAAUUUGAAUAAAUAACAGGCCCCAAACAUCAAUCAUGAAACUUACCUUUACUUUACAAAUGUGAAAUAAUUAGAAUCAAUGAUUUGUUAAAAUGAUCAUGACAUCACCAAUGUUGAAAAACUACUGAUGUGCUGUAAAAAUACUAAACAUUUCUUCCUUAAUUUUGUCAAGUCCCUGUACUGUAUGUUCUUGUUGUCUUGAAAUGACAAAGUUGAUUCAUUGCAUCUUAGUAGAUUUGUGAUGGUCAGAUAACGUAGCACAAUGGUUUGGGGUAGACAUCAAAUCAAAUGACUCCCAAAAGAGUCGGUAGAUUUAAGUGAUUCGUAUGUGUGUCAUGUGAUUUACCAGUACCCUAGUAGUGUCCAAGUUCUCAAGUCCUGAGAACCAACAAGUGUUUUGUGUUACAUGUUAACACAACACAUACACAACAACACCCAAAAACAAUACUGUACAUUUGGCUUUUCCACAAAACUCAUUUGCUAAGAUUUUUAAUGACUCAGUCUAUGCUUCCUGAAAUAGAAUACAUAUUCAUAUUCAAAGAAAUGUGUUUCACACAAAGAUUCCUUUCUCAGCCAAAGUGGAGAAAUACUCAGUGUCCCAAAUGGGACCCUAUUCCCUACAUAUAGCCCUAUGGGCCCUGGUGGAAAGUAAUGCACUAUGUAGAGAAUAGGGUACAAUUUGGGACACACCCACAGAGUCACAAACCUGUCGAUGGGAAGACUGUAAUAAUUUCAACACAAACAUCCCCUUUCUGUUCAGCCCCCAUGCUGCGUUCAGAAUGCAGAUAGAUGCAUGCAUCAUUUACCUUGCCUUUAAUAACACUGUGUGUAGAGUUCUAUCCCCAGCAAUGUGAGAAGAGAAAAUUGCAGCUGUCAUUCGUUUAAAUGGCUUUCACUUGCAUCACAGUGACAUGGGUUCACUAAAACAUCCCAUGGCGAGAAAGAUGGAGAGAGAAGGGAGGGGGAGGGCAGGGCAGGGCAGAGAGGGAGAGGGAUAGAAAGUGAGAGAGAAAGCGAGAGAGAGAAGGAGAGAGGAUAGAUAGGUGGGCAAAGGAGCGAUAUGGACAGGAGAGUGAGAGAAUGAAAAAAGUAAAAGCUUUUUUUUUCCAUAUUCAAUGUGGUUAAGAAAUUAUGUAUUAUGUACAAGGAAUGUUUACACAGUUUAGAUUUCCCCCCCAGUGCUGCAAGGUGGCCAGUUCAUUUGGAAGGAUUUGAUGAUAUGAUGAGCACAGGUAGUUACAACAGGUUGUAGUUACAACAGGUUGUAUUUACGACAGGUUGUAUUUACGACAGGUUGUAUUUACGACAGGUUGUUACAACAGGUUGUUACAACAGGUAGUAGUUACAACAGGUUGUAGUUACAACAGGUUGUAGUUACAACAGGUUGUUACAACAGGUUGUUACAACAGGUAGUAGUUACAACAGGUUGUAGUUACAACAGGUAGUAGUUACAACAGGUUGUAGUUACAACAGGUUGUUACAACAGGUUGUUACAACAGGUAGUAGUUACAAUAGGUAGUAGUUACAAAAGGUUGUUACAACAGGUUGUAGUUACAGCAGGUAGUAGUUACAACAGGUUGUUACAACAGGUAGUAGUUACAACAGGUAGUAGUUACAACAGGUAGUAGUUACAAAAGGUUGUUACAACAGGUUGUUACAACAGGUAGUAGUUACAAUAGGUAGUAGUUACAAAAGGUUGUUACAACAGGUUGUAGUUACAGCAGGUAGUAGUUACAACAGGUUGUUACAACAGGUAGUAGUUACAACAGGUAGUAGUUACAACAGGUAGUAGUUACAAAAGGUUGUUACAACAGGUUGUAGUUACAGCAGGUUGUAGUUAAAACAAGUCGUUACAACAGGUAGUAGUUGCAACAGGUUGAUAGACAAGUAGGCCUAGUCACAACACACGUUUAUCAAACUAAAUGUAAAUAGGUACAUUGUUGUUGUGUGCGAGAAGGAAUUUGAAAUCCAUUUAAUAAAUUGUUGUAUUUGAAUGUUGUGCUACUGUACAGCCUUUUGCGCUGUCUUGUCCUGCAGAGCAGAGGCCAUGAGUUCAUGUCUCAUGUAUUUGUAAUGGGUUUAGGAGAGGAGACUUUUUCUUUCAAUGCAUGUACCCAUACCGCAACUGAAAAAAGCACAGUGUAGCCAAGCCAAGGACUCUGGAAGAAUAUUUAAAUAAGUGCCUGAAAAACUUCUCUCACAUUUUCUGUUUCUCAUUUUAACCAAAUAAUUUCACAUUCAGAAUUGUUUUCUGGACAUGAAUGAAAAAAGCACUGCGCUUCACAGUCAAAGGUUUCUGUGUUUUGGAAUCCUUUCAUGUCCAGCAUAGUGUAUACAGAACCAACACAAAGGAGACAUUAACUCUGUAUGGGUUGUCUUUGAAAGAGCUGAUAGAAAUGAAAUGGACGUUGAUAUCCUAGUUUCCCACCAUCUAAAUAAAGAAGCAAAAACGUGAAAGUAGCAUAAAACAGAGAGAAUGUGGUUGUCUUCUCUGCCUGUCCAUUUUCUUUUUGUUUUUUUAGACGGACAAAACAUUGUCUGAUGCUUUGUGAUAAAACUCAAGACCAAGAACUGAUACAACCAUCCACACGUUGUAAAGGCAUGUCAUUAAAGGAAAUAAAGGAAA